AUGGCAGCCGCAGGGAAUGUCGAGGUAGUGAAUACUGCUCCAUAUCACGGCUACCAAGUCCUCUUUUCUCCGUAUUCACCGACCAAAAUAGCCUUCACCGGCGCCCAGAACUACGGCAUCCAAGGUUCAGGAGUGCUGUCCAUUUUUGAAGAAGGUGCAAAUGGAUUCAGAGAUGUUGUGAGGUUCCCAUGGAGAGACGCAUUCUUUGGGGUCACCUGGAGCGAGGUAAACGAGGCAGUGCUGGUGGUGGCUUGUGGAGAUGGGAGCAUCGUCAUAUUCGACCAGUCACAGCCCCAGGCACCUGUAUCUGUCCUAAGUGGACAUACCGCUGAGGUAUCGACUGUUGAGUGGAGUAUAGGUCGGCAGGAACAGCUGCUACUCUCUUCCUCCUGGGACACCACUGUGAGACUGUGGGACCCUAAUGCCCAGACGUGCGUCUCUGUGUUUACUGGUCACUCGGGGAUUGUCUACGAGGCAGCCUGGGCGCCUCAUCUCCCACACACAUUUGCCUCCGUCUCAGCCGACGGGAGAGUUCUGGUGUGGGACUCUUCUCAGCGGGGCAGCUCGUCUGUGGUGUGUGGUGGGGGAGGAGGUGAAGUGUUGGCCUGUGACUGGAGCAAGUAUGACUCCCACUCUCUGGUCACUGCUGGCACCGACGCUUGCAUAAAAGGUUGGGAUGUCCGUCGACCAUUGACCCCUCUCUUCUCCUUCCCCGGGCACACUCAGUCAGUGAGGAGGGUAAAGUGCGACCCAUUCCACAGACACAUUGUAGCCUCUUCUUCCUAUGACUUCUCUGUGAGGUUGUGGGAUGUUCAUAAUCCCCACUCUCCACUGUUGGACACUAUUCUUCACCACACAGAAUUCACCUAUGGUCUCUCCUUCAGCCCGUUCAUCCAGGGCAGACUGGCGGACUGUUCUUGGGAUUCAACCAUCAAACUGUACAGCCCUCCAGCUAUAGCCUUGCAAGAACCAGCUCCAUCGUCGUGACUUGCACGAUCCAUGCAUGACAUUAAUUUUUUUGUCGUCUCCCCCACGUGCAAUUUAUUUUACCAUUCACACCUGCUAAUAUCGAUCAAAAAAUUUUGAGAUGUAUAUGCAUACAAGAGUAAAAAGUGUAAGGGCCGAACACAAAAUAAUGGGGGAAACACAAAAAUUGAUUUUGUGGGGUCGGUGGAAUCUUUAGUUCAAGAGAAAGUUGCUUAUAUGAUGUAGUUCAGUAUUUAGCGAUGAAUUACUCUUCAAGCAGGUGUCCGACCGUGCCAAUUUCAUUUCCCUUUGAGGCAGUUUUAGCUCUCUACCCAAAUGGUUAGCCGAGUGACUGCGAUGAACUGCUAAUCUUCUUCUUGGGAGCAGUGUCUGUGAUGAGUGGGAAGGUGAGAUGGUUUUUGAGGAAGAAGUCAGGGACACGGUGCUGGGGUUGCUGUGUGGGGUAGGAGUGGACGAUGCAAUAGCUUCCCUCUGCCGUCUCGCCAUCAGUAGAGGUGAUUCGCUCACAGAGCGUAGAAACGGUGGGCCGAGAAAAGCGGACUCGUCGUCCGAGUCCGCGUCGACGACGGGCGGCGUUCUCCGACCGUAUCUCGUUACGGAUUGUGGCGAGGACGAAGCGGAGGAACUCGCGGUGCUGCUCGCUAGCUGCGGUAGCGUGGGCGUCGCGCGGGAGCUGUGGAAACCGGAGUCCGGACUCCCGAGGCUUCCCUGGUUCUCGCAGUCUGCGUAGAAAGCCAUUCGGUUGAGGCUCGUCUUUAGCAUGGCCAUGCUCCAGAAUGACUUGGCCGCCUCGCGCGCAACGGGCGUCCCGAGGCGAAUCCCGUUCUCCGUGAUGCUCGGCAACCACUGCGUGUCGGACUCCGUACUACGUUUAUGGUCCGCGUCUUCGUCUCCUGCGCGCAACAAACAACGUAAGGUAUGACGCCUCAACACACUAAAUCGUUCUCUUACCAACAUUCCACGAGACUUCCAGCGAAUUUUCAACUUCAACUGCCA